UGGUAAAAUGGCGACGUCCAUCUGUAGGACGUUGAAAAUUAUUACCAAGUCAACAUGCACCAAUUUAAAGUAUGCUGGCCCAUUACUGGAGGUGCAGUGUCCCCAGGCUGCUGUAAUCCCCAUCCGGGGUAAAAAACGCUACUUUAUUCCUCCUGCUGUGGGUCUAAAGGAGAAAACACAUGCUGAGCAGGAGGCAAAGGCACGGGCAGCCGGGGUGGUAAUCAGACAGGAGUACAUGGAGAGACCCAUCAACAUUUCAUGCACAGCUGGAAUCUUUGAUCCAUACAUCCCUCCUGAGGGUGAUGCUCGCCACUCCACUCUGUCCAAAGAGGGACUGAAACAGCGCACAGAGCAGCUUCGACAGAGUGCCGCAUCACAGCUAGCAAUCCGUAAAAUAAAGGACCAUGAUCCAGAAUUUUCCACAAAGGAGUUUCCUGUCAGAGCUCAGGAAAUCUUCAUCGAGGCCCAUUUGUCUCUCACUCAGUUCAACAAAGAGAAACUUCAUUCUUUGGUCACAGAAAGGUGUUACCCUGAAAUGGUUCGAGGUAAUAGGCUUAAAACGCUGCGCUGGCACUUCAUUGAGUCUUUGGAGCCACCGCGUUUGGUCCAUGCCAGAUGCCCUGACAUGAUCAGCAAGGGCAAUUUGUACGGUCAGGUGACGAUCCGCAUGCACUCCAGACAGACAUUAGCGAUCUAUGACCGAUUUGGCCGAUUGAUGCUGGGGGAUGAAGAGGAGCCCAGAGACGUUUUGGAGUACCUCGUGAUGGAGCGGCACUUGGUCAACCCAUACGGCAGCUGGAGGCUUCAUGGCAAGAUUGUCCCUGCCUGGGCACCGCCUAAAGAUCCCAUAAUCAAGACUGUUAUGAUUCCAGGUCCCAAGCUAAAACCAGAAGAGGAGUUCGAGAGCCUAAAUUACGAGGUGCCCAAACCCAAGGCAGUGCAGUGGCAUAAGUAAGCCACAGGGUGGCGCAUGUCUAUGAUUUGUACAGAUAAAAUCUUGUCUUUUGAAAUAAACCUGUAACU